UUCAGGUCCUAUUCCCAUUUGAACCCCCGCCCCCUACCAUGCUGGGAAAAGCGGAUAUUCAGCCUCUGGAACCCAAGGGCACGUAAGCGUUUCUUUGGUUCAAGUUUUCUCCUGUUGGGGCUCCUGUGGUAGCCGACUGUUCCAUUGCUCAGCGGAAUCCCAUGCAAUUCAAAAUGGCGACCCUUGUGUUGGAUUGUGGCGCGUGUUCUCAAAAAAUUGGAUUCGCGUCAAACCCAGCUCCGCGAUCAAUCCCGAAUGCAAUAUUCAAAGCAAAGAGUGAGCGACGAAAGUUGUUUAUAGGAGAUCAGAUUGAAGAAUGCAAAGAUUACUCAGCCUUAUUUUACGUGCUGCCUUUUCAAAAAGGAUUUCUUGUGAAUUGGGAUGUGGAAAAGCAGAUAUGGGACUACACAUUUGGUAAAGAAGGCUUAGAGGUAAAUUUCGAAGAUACCACUCUUCUGGUUACUGAACCACAGUUUAACUUCACUUCUCUCAAGGAUGCAAUGGAUGAAAUUCUUUUUGAGGAGUACAAUUUUAAAGCACUCAGCAGGACAACAGCGGCGCAACUAAGCGCAUACAAGUGUCAUCAGGACAUGGUGUCCAAGAAUCCAGUUUGUCUAGUUGUGGACACCGGUUACUCAUUUACUCACAUUGUACCUGUGUUUAAUGGCAAAGUGAUAAAAAAAGCAGUCCGAAGAAUUAAUGUUGGUGGAAAAUUACUCACAAACCAUCUAAAAGAGAUAAUAUCCUAUAGACAGCUUCAUGUUCUAGAUGAAACUUAUGUGAUCAAUCAGGUGAAGGAGGACACAUGUUAUGUAUCCAGUCAGUUUUACAAGGAUAUGGAAAUUGCAAGACAAAGAGGCAAGGAAAACACCAUUGUUAGAGAGUAUGUGCUUCCAGAUUAUACUCACAUCAAGCGAGGAUAUGUCAAGACUGAGCAAGACACCGGCGAGACUAAGAAAAAUGAUACGGAACAGACCCUGAGGAUGAAUAAUGAGCGGUUUACCGUACCUGAGAUACUCUUCCACCCAUCUGACAUAGGUAUUCACGAGAUGGGGAUUCCUGAAGCUAUAGUUGAUUCUGUCAGUGCAGUCCCGCCAGAAAUGCAGCCGCACUUUUAUAUGAACAUCCUGCUUACCGGUGGAAGCGCUUUGUUCCCCGGAUUCAAGGAGAGAAUAUUUGAUGACGUUCGUGCGCUGGCCCCAUGUGACUUCGACAUCGUGGUCAACCUGCCUCCAAACCCCAUUGCCUACGCAUGGGAGGGAGGGUCAACGUUGAGCAAAAGCGACACAUUCACCAAGAAAAUGUGUGUGACGAAAGCAGAAUACGCGGAGCAGGGCAAGGCUAUUUGCAAGGAGAGGUUUGACUCAUGACCUUAUGCUUGUUGCUAGCACGUGCUGUUCACGUGCUGUUCACGUGCUGACAAGGUAACUGCAGAGAACCCACAGGGUACCCAUGGAUCUAGGUGACAAGCAGCAUUGUACGCACUGUUAUGAAAUAGAAAAGACUGAAAGGUUUGAUUUUAAACAGAAUGCUUCCUGCUGAAGUUAACGCAAGGCCAAAUGAUUAACCACAGGGUACCCAUAGGUCUAGGCUAUAAACUGCCGUGUACCUAAGGUCUGGAACGACAAGGGUAAUCAUAUUUAAAUUUUGAACUAAAGUCUUUCUACUGGCAUGGAUUUACGACAGGUAUCCAUAGGUCUAGGCUACAAACAGAUUGUACCAUUAGUAUGGAACAACAAGGAUUAUCAUAUUUAAAUCUUGAACUAGUCUUUAUUGCCACGGAGUUAUGGAUUUAUCAAAAGGCUACCCAUUAGAUCGCAAAAAGUUUUAGGCUACAGGCUAAAAAACAAAAACAAAAAAAAAACUUUUGGUCAAGAGCUUUGCUUGGCCAUUGAGGAAACUAAAUACAUAGUUCAGGACAUCACACCAGACUGUACCUAUUGAUCCGGCCUUACAUUGUGGUCAGUACGCAGCACUCACAAGCUGCAAUCUGAUUGGGCAAAUGAACAAUAACCGCACCUCGACACAAAGAACGAGAAAAAUAGAGACAAAAGAACUCCUUUGUAGAACAAAACUAAUAGGAGACAAUGCAGCUGCGUACUUACUCUUACAUUGUCCAUGAUCCCUAAUAUCAAAGAGCUGUGCAGCGAUAACUAAACCUAGAAACAUGUAACACUAAUGACUAAAACAUUCAUGUCAUUUCUCCUUAUGCUUUUUGAGUACAGGACGUAGCCUCUGUCUAGCGUAGCGCCAAAAUAAAAUCGUAAAAACAAAUCCUUUCCAAUAUCUGGAAUGCCAACCUUAGAUGUUGGGAACCCAAAUUUACGAAACAUUAACAGAAUGUCCGCAACAAUACCCUGUGUUAUUAUUACAUUUGAUAUUUUUACUUUGCGCUCCGUAUUUUAUAUAUGCUAAAAAAUAAAAAGAGGUUCAUGAG